GCGGGAGCGUUUUGCGGGGAGCUCGAGCUCGCCACAGUUCCGCGCACCAAGUUGGAGCUCGAGGACAACAAAACCCCCCAAACUGUAGGAGGGAACGGAGAGGGGAAGGAAACUGUCACAGGUCGCGCGCAUUAGAGCGAGGUCGCACUGAAAGAAAAGGAAAGAAGGAGGCGUGCGCGAGGAGGAGCAGUGCGUUUUCUUCAGCGCGUGGGGUUUUUUUUUUUUUUUUUGGAUUGUUGAUCGUUUUUCUCUGUUGUGCUUCAGCGCGCGCCGCCGUAAAGCCCCUGCAUUAUGAGGCGCAGCCAUGGCGGGCAAGGGUAAGACGGGCGCGAGGACGCUGGAGGACUUAACGCUCGAUUCCGGUUAUGGUGGCGCGGCGGACUCCUUCAGGUCGUCCAGCGUGUCGCUCUGCUGCUCCGACGCGCACCUGUCGCACGCGCAUGGAGGCAACUGCUGGCAUCUGACCGAGUCCAUGCACAGCAGGCACAACAGCUUGGACACGGUGAACACCGUGCUGGCGGAGGACGCCGAGAUCCUCGAGUGCUCGGGACAGUGCGCCAAGCUGCCAGAGCUCGAGGAGGUGCCGUGGAGCCUGGCAGAGGUGGAGGGCGCGCUGCGCCGGGACGAGGCGCUGGCGCCGCCGCCGCCGCCGGACGUCGUGGCGAGGCUCUCGGCGCUCGUGAGCCGCGCGCUGGUGCGCGUGGCGCGCGAGGCGCAGCGCCUGAGCCUGCGCUACGCCAGGUGCACGCGGCACGAGGUGCAGAGCGCCGUCAAGGCCGUGCUCUCCUGGACCAUCUCGGUGAACUGCGUGGCGGCGGCGCUCGGCGCGCUCUCGCUCUACAACAUGAGCACAGGCGACCGCUUCCGCCGCGGCAAGUCGGCGCGCUGCGGCCUCGUCUUCUCCGUGGGCCGCUUCUUUAGAUGGAUGGUGGACAGCCGCGUGGCGCUGCGCGUGCACGAGCACGCGGCCAUCUACCUGACCGCAUGCGUGGAGAGCCUCUUCCGCGAGGUGUGGAGCCGCGUGCUGCGCAGCACCACCAGCAACAGCGGCACGCUCACGCACAAGGAGGAUGGAGGUGGUGGUGGAGGAGGAGCAGGAGGAGGUGGUGGAGGAAGCGCCGCCAAGUUGAACGUGGAGGCGCUCGAGCAGGCCAUCAACAACGACUCGGAGUUGUGGGGGCUGCUGCAGCCUUACCAGCACCUCAUCUGCGGCAAGAACGCGAGCGGUGUUCUGAGCCUGCCAGACAGCUUGAACCUGCACCGAGACCAACAGAGAGCAGGGAAGAGUGGAGAAGGCCAAGCCUUCAGCCAGGCUGAACUCCGGACCAUCGAACAGUCUCUAUUGGCCACCCGCGUUGGCAGCAUCGCUGAGCUCAGUGACCUGGUGUCCCGUGCCAUGCACCACCUCCAGCCCCUCCACAUCAAGAACCCCAGCAAUGGAACACCGGUGCACCAGAACCGCAGUGGAACCAUCCACUGGGAACCAGAGGCUCUCUACACACUCUGCUACUUUAUGCACUGCCCCCAGAUUGAGUGGGAGAACCCCAACGUGGAGCCCCCGAAGGUCACCUUACACACAGAAAGGCCUUUCAUCGUGAUGCCUCCGCUGAUGGAGUGGAUUCGGGUAGCUGUAGCACACACAGAGCACCGGCGCAGUUUUUCCGUCGACAGCGAUGAUGUCAGACAGGCUGCCAGACUGCUGCUGCCUGGAGUGGACUGUGAGCCACGGCAGCUGAAAGCGGACGACUGCUUCUGUGCCACACGGAAGCUGGAUGCAGCCUCCACAGAAGCCAAAUUUCUGCAGGAUCUGGGUUUCCGCAUGCUCAACUGCGGCCGCACUGACCUGGUCAAGCAAGCAGUCAAUCUGCUCGGACCCGAUGGUAUUAACAGCAUGACUGAACAGGGUAUGACCCCACUCAUGUACGCCUGUGUUCGUGGUGAUGAGGCCAUGGUUCAGAUGCUGCUGGAUGCUGGGGCAGAUGUCAACAGUGAGGUGCCCAGCUCAGUACACAGGCACCCCUCAGUUUACCCCGACACCAGGCAGGGGACUCCACUCACUUUCGCCGUGUUACACGGACACGUCCCUGUCGUGCAGCUGCUACUGGAUGCUCGAGCCAAUGUGGAAGGGGCACUGCAGGAUGGAGCUGAGAACUACACUGAAACACCACUCCAGCUAGCCUCUGCUGCAGGUAAUUUUGAGCUGGUCAACCUGCUUUUGGAGAGAGGAGCAGACCCUUUAAUUGGCACCACAUACCGGAAUGGCAUUACUUCUGCUCCAUUAGGGGAUAUGAACUCAUACAGCCUCGCUGCAGCACAUGGACACAGGAACGUGUUCCGGAAGCUUCUGUCCCAGGGGGAGAAGGAUAAGGGUGACGUCCUGUCUCUGGAGGAGAUCCUGGCCGAGGGUUCGGAGGCCACCGGGGAGAAGAGGACAUCCCACUCAGAGGGAACGCUGAGGACAGGCAAGGCCAAACUGAGGGCCCUCCGAGAGGCCAUGUACCACAGCGCCGAACACGGCCAUGUGGACAUUACCAUAGACAUCCGCAGCCUGGGUGUGCCAUGGACUCUGCACACAUGGCUGGAGUCUCUGCGGACAUGCUUUGUGCAGCAGCGGCGGCCGCUGAUUCAGGGCCUCCUAAAGGACUUCAGCUGCAUUCAGGAGGAGGAGUACACUGAGGAGCUCAUCACACAUGGCCUGCCACUCAUGUUCCAGAUCCUGCGAGCCAGCAAGAAUGAAGUAAUCAGCCAGCAGCUAUCUGUAAUCUUCACCCAAUGCUACGGGCCCUUUCCAAUCCCCAAGCUGACAGAGAUCAAAAAGAAACAGACAUCCCGCCUGGAUCCACACUUUCUGAACAAUAAAGAAAUGUCUGACGUUACGUUCCUGGUGGAGGGAAAACCUUUCUAUGCCCACAAAGUGCUGCUCUUCACAGCCUCAACCAGGUUUAAGUCUCUGCUGUCCAACAGACCGGCUGGAGAGAACACUUGCAUUGAAAUCAGUCACGUCAAAUACAACAUUUUCCAGUUGGUGAUGCAGUACCUGUACUGUGGAGGCACUGAGUCACUGCACAUCAGAAACACUGAAGUGAUGGAGCUCCUGUCUGCAGCCAAGUUCUUCCAGCUCGAGGCCCUCCAACGACACUGUGAGAUCAUUUGCUCCAAGAACAUCACCAUAGACACAUGUGUGGAUAUAUACAAACAUGCCAGAUUCCUGGUGGCCACUGAGCUCUCAGCCUUCAUUGAGGGUUUCUUCCUGAAGAACAUGGUGCUCCUGAUUGAGCUGGAGAACUUUAAGCAGCUGCUGUAUGAGGUGCCUGCAGAGAGCCCUGGCCCAGGCCCUUCCUACGAUGUCCUCCACGACCUAGAGCGGACCCUAGCCACUCGCAUUCAGUCCAUCCAUCUCUCCUCUUCCAAGGGCUCCAUUGUCUGAUGUUUUUUUGUAUAGUGCAGUCUAAGAUUUUACCCACUUUGGCCUACUAUGUCACCAUGGAUUCAAAGUGGGCUCGUUGUUUUGUUUUUGGCUGGUUGGCUUAGAGGCAUGUUUGGGGGCAGAUUAACACCUGCUACCCGGUCUGCCCAGUGGGAUGCAUGAGGGAGCAUCUGUUUUGUUUUUCUUCACAGGCUAACAUCUUCAUAAUGUUACUACAAGGCCAGCCUGCUGUUACCCUGGGCUAUGUCAAGGGCUACAUUAUAUGUCAUCCUUCAUACACCUUAGCAGCAUCCUGAACAGUGCAAAUGCAGGGGUUUGAUUACUCAAUUAUGCCCACUGUACUUUUGAGCAGGUCUUGUGGAUAUUGUAGGUUGUCCAUGAUUGACGAACCCAUGCUACUUGUUCUUUGAACUAGGUUGAAGUAGCUCGAUUUCCACUGCAGUGAGCUUAUAUAAUGUAUGUGGUAGCCUGGCCAUCUUAUUUCAAACCAUUGGUCCAGCCUCAUAUAGUUGUGGAACAAGAUGUUGAUGAAGUUAAUAUAUAUAUAAUAAUAAUAUAUAAAUAAUGCCUAAUUUCUAAGGUUCCUUCUACCAUUCACCUUUCAAGAAAGCUUCUUAACACAAAUGCUCAUUCACUUGUAAUGAUGGAAGCAUACCAGUUUGCCAUGUCCAGUUAUACGUCAUCUUUUAAGUACCUUUGUGGUGUUCUCCGAUGAUACUGAAGCUAUUUAACUUGGGUUUGGUUUUACAUUGUUUGUGGUGAAUAUAGAUGAGUUAAAAUACAGAACUGCAAACUAUGUAAAAGCAAUUUUCACAGCAGUUUCGAGUGAGUGUUUAUAUGCUGAAAGAUGUCUCAUUUGGCGAUUAAUCUCAUUUAACGGUAGUCGUGAUCCGUAGAAAUAAGUGCACAUACUGCCCUUGCUAGCUGUGUUCUCCUAGGUAACCCAUUCUCUGUAUUGUAGGAGAUUCUGUGCUCAAUGUCCAGCCCACAAGUUUUAAUGACCCAAGAAAAUACCACUGUGCUUGGUACACUGAAAACUGAGCAGUUCAUCCUUGCCUUGAAGUUGUGUUCAAUCAACAUUCAAUGUCAAUAAUCUGCAUGGGCCCUUUGCAGCCUAGCUUUGACUUUUGUAAUAAAAAAGAAAGAAAGAAAGAAAAAACAGUGCUUUUCAACUCCAUAAUUACCUGAUGUAAAGGACAAAAUGCUGUUCUCGCAUUCCAAACUGUGGACAUUGAGUAUAUACCAAUGCGGAACUCACAGAAAUGGGAUCUACUGUGCAAGACACAUUUUUUGUUGACUGCAAAUCUGUCUAAUAGCGUUUACAGGAAGAUGCCAACGCCCUGGUCGCUCACCACUACGACCAAAUGUACAUAUUCAGAAUCCUCACCAACUCUGCAACUCUGCUUUUGCUGUAUGUGAUGCCAGCGCAAAUAUUGCCGUUUUAAUUGUGAAAUUCUUUUACUGCCAAGAUGCAUGUUUUGUGUGUGUAUGUUUUUCAUUUGUUUGUUUUUAAUUUCUCCAUGUGUGUCUGUAGCUUUUGGUAUGUAUGUCAGUGUAAAAGUGUCCUGGGAGUGUUAUACCAGCAUGGAGCGUGUGUGUGUCCAGGGCUAAACCCAAAGUAACUGACGUUGAAGAUUAAUAAGGCAUUUUCACCCAAAGAACAUGUGUAGUUACAGUUAGCAAAUCUCAAAAUAUCCUGUUUGUCCAGUUUUCAGUCAGUCAAUUCGAUAAAUGGUCGCCCGCAAAGAAUAUGCUUUUUGUGUCCAUCAUAUAUUUUCUACAUAAUACACAUUAUAAUCCAUAAUGAUGAUGGUUUUUAGUGUGCUGGAAGAGUCCAUUUUUUAUAGAACAUAGAAUGUUUUAUGGUUCACGUUUCAUAAAUGGAGCAAAGAGAGAAUGGAAAGUUUCUUUGGAUGAGGGUGGCGAACUGUCCCAUUUCUAAAGCGUAGUAAGAGAUUUAAGAACAGUUUAUUCAUAUGUAGCUUUCAAUGGAAUGAUGAUGCAAAUAAUUUUAAACUGUGAAGAGAAUUUUAUUUGAAAUCAUAGUAUAGUAGCUUUAUUUUCUUACUCUGUGUUUUUGUUGUUAAACUCCACUCGGCUAUUUUGUGUAGCUAAGACAAAGAUAUAGCGUAUAUUUUUUCCGCUCAAAAUGUCCUCACUCGUCAGUCAACUGUCACGUCUUUCAUGUAUAUGUGCCAAAAUGUGCACAACAAAAAGUGCAACAACAAAUGUUCAUGUAGUCUUAGCAAACAGAUUUUGCUUACGGAGCCCACAGGUAACUCUUUUGAAGAUCCCUUUAUGGCUUUCUUUCAUUGAACAUGUAAGACCAAUGGCACUCUUAAAAAUAAAGGUUUCUUGACUUAGAGUAGUAGUUUCUAACCCUCGUCCCGGAGAACUACCUUCCUGCAGAGCCUGCUUUCAACCACAAUCAGCCACAUCUGCUCCAGCUAAUCAACCUUUUGCCAAGUCCCUGUUUGGCUAGUUCAGAUGUAUAGGCGUUAAUUAACAGGCGGUGCAGCUUAUUAUGUACAGGUAGGAUAAAAAACUCUGUGGGAAGUAGCUCUCCAGGACCAGGGUUGAAGACCACUGGAUUACAUAUACGGUUCUAGGAAAACAUUUAUAUGGUAUUAGCCCUUACAUAAUGUGGAGCUUCUUUAAACCUUUGUGAAGUUUCUUCAUAUCUUAAGGAGCAACUUCAUAUCUUUGCAACUUCAGUCCUCGGCAAUGCCACAGUCAUCUGUGGCUGGGAAUCCAUGAUAGAAUAAUUGACCUCACUCUCUCUAGUUGAGUAGGAUAGUUGUCUCUGUCCCCAUCACUCAUGAUACUAGUCAGUGCAGGCACCUGUUAGCUGGCAUGGCCUCCGCAACACUCUAAUAAUCUAAUUUUAAACGUAAGAAUUUAAAACAGUAGUAUUUUUACAUUAUCUGGAAAAACCUAUUAUUAAAUCUGCUUCAUAUUUGAAAAAAGUAGUACUUAUUUAAAAUUGUAGGUGUAAUUAAUCAUUAUUACGAUUGAAUAUGCAUGCCCAACGAAUGAGCUGUCAAUGUCAUAGAACAGCACCAUUCCAGGUCAGAGAUAACUGAAAAGACUUUGAAGCUUGAAGACACAAUUAUCCCAAAAUUUAUCCUCAGACGUUCCGAGAUCACAUCCUGUGAUAUGUGAGACCUACAUAGCAGAAGUGGAAUUGGUUAAUUUGUGUAAAAAUCCAAAAUGAAAAAAACAAGUUCACUUUUGCACAUCUCAUUUACAACCGUGUUUAUUCAAAGAACCAAUUAUUGUAAAGUGUUGUAAAGUAAAUUGUAAAGUUCUUCUAGCAUCACAUAAGACCUUUAUUUUUAAGAGUGUAGGACCCAGUAUUUAAAAGCAAUACAACACCUUUAGACAGCUUCUCUUAAAGACACAGGCUUUGUACUUGCGUAAACUUCAUGAGUAACAGAUACUGGGAAUGGUUGUUUGUUAAUUAGUGAAAUAGUCCAAUACACUGAUUAGGCAUUCACUACGCACCAAUGAAAACUAGAGGCUAUUUGUACUGUAAGCGGAUCCUUUAAACGAAGUUUUUCAGACUAAAAACAUUUUAGAAAAUGACUCGCUCAGUGUGUCUUGGCUUUGACUUUAUCUGCUUUGGCUGCUAUUAAGACAUGCUUACAGACAACGCGACUCUGGGCCGUGAUUUUUCUUUCAUGUCUUUAUUGGACAAAACCUUGCAUGCUUUUGACUGAAUCUGAGUUUGAGGGAAUAUUGUUUGCUAUCCUUAUUUCACUUGAUUGCAACAUUGUACAUUGUAUAAAAGAUACAUAUAUAGAAAUCUAUAUAUACACAUUAAACAUAGUGUAAAUAUAAGAGAUGUGAUUGACUUUACCAAUGGAAAAAAAGAAUGUCACACUUGUGCUACAGUGCAAUUGUUCAAUGACAUGCAUUUGUGUACAGCCAAUAAAACAAUCAUGAUUUAAUCCAU